GCGGCGCGCGCCAGCCCCGGGAGCGAGAGCCAUGGCGGCCCCGGCCCCGGCCCUGCCGCCGCUGCCGCCGCCGCUCAGGAGCAUCCAGCACCACCUGCGGACCGCGCAGGAGCUGGACAAGCGCGAGCCCGUGGUGGCCUACUACUGCCGUUUGUAUGCAAUGCAAACAGGGAUGAAGAUCGAUAGUAAAACCCCAGAAUGCCGUAAAUUUUUAUCCAAGCUUAUGGAUCAGUUGGAAGCUAUGAAAAAGCAAUUUGGUGAUAAUGAAGCAAUUACUCAGGAAAUUGUUGGUUCUGCUCAUGUGGAGAAUUAUGCUUUGAAAAUGUUUUUAUAUGCAGACAAUGAAGACAGAGCUGGACGAUUUCAUAAAAACAUGAUAAAGUCCUUUUAUACUGCAAGUCUCCUGAUGGAUGUUCUAACGGUAUUUGGGGAGCUCACUGAAGAGAAUGCACAGCACAGGAAGUACGCCAGGUGGAAGGCAGCAUACAUUCAUAAUUGCUUAAAGAAUGGAGAGACUCCUCAACCUGGCCCUAUUGGAAUGGAAGGAGAGAGUUUCGCAGAUGUUGAAAGGGAAGAAGCGGGGUCAUCUUCUGUCCAUAGUGGAACAACUCAACCGGCAUCAUCAUCUACAUAUGAAGCUAACAACACACCAACUAGUAAUUACACUGGCAUACAUAUACCGCCAGGUGCCCAUGCACCAGCCAACACUCCAGCUGAAGUACCUCAUAACACAGGAGUGACAAGUAACACCAUUCAGCCUGCUCCUCAGAAUAUUCCUCUAGUCGAUCCUUCCCUUUACAGUGCUCAGUCUGGAGGAGAAGUCCGCUUGACUCCAGAGGACUUUGCCAGAGCUCAAAAGUAUUGCAAAUAUGCUGGCAGUGCAUUGCAAUAUGAAGAUGUGAGCACUGCUGUGCAGAACCUACAGAAAGCCCUCAAGUUACUAAUUACAGGCAGAGAAUGAAGCCUUUAUUCAACAGAUUCAUCUUUUCCUUAAAAGACUAACAUCUUAUUACUGUACCUGUUAGGGAAGUGGAGAAAUUCUCAAUUCCGUCACCCAGGACAAUGAAACCUGCCUAAUUAGCAAUUAAUGGUACAGUAGGAAUCUCUGUUUUCAUCUUGCAGACAGUGGAGCUAGAAACAUGAAUGUAGUGGCUUGUUGUAAGCAAAAUACUGAAGAAAGUACUGUGAACACUGUGCAAGAGUUAGAAUACUUUCAGUAUUUAGAUUAUCAGAAUGGGAAAAUGCUGACUGUAAAAGGCUUGAGAAUUAGGAUGUUCUGUUAAAAUUCUUACUCUUGUUUUAUUUCAAACAAUUUAAUUCCAAACAAUUAUUUAAUGAGUAUAAUAGCUUUAAAAUGGUAACUAAGAUUAGUGCUUUCCUCCUAAAUGAGAGCAUGUGAGAAGGCUGACAGAUCCACAAUGGGAAGAAUUUUGUUCUGUAUAUAAAUAAUUUCAGUAUUUGUAUUACCUGAGACAUAAACCAAGGUUGAAGGAGACUUGAGUACCUUUGCAUUUCAUUUUAAAAUGUGCUGGAAAAAACAUCUCUUGUUACUUCAGAGCGAGUAAUUUUGAUGUGUUCCAACCUAAUCCCCUACGGCUGCAUGGAUUGCAACAUGUAUUCUUGAUUAUUGGUUUUUGCUCCUUCUGUGUGAACACUUCACAAUUUUGUAUGUCUAUGGGUAAUUAGGAGAAAGUACUAAUAUUUAUCAACAAUGACUAAUAUUUAUCAGCAAUGAUCCUGAAACCGGAGGCAGAGGUUCUAAACAACAUGAACUUUUAAGGAGAUUUACUUCAUUUACUUCAUUCCAUCUUUUUAAGAGGCUGAAAAAAAAAGCUUGUUCUUCAACCAUUAAAGCAGUAUAGGUUUGUCUCUGGUAUUAGUGUCAUAGAGUUUCAUAUUUUCAACUAAUAUUUUUCCUGUCUGCUUUGUUGUGGAGACUUUUUGGACUUGGGAUUUAAUUAAAAUAUCUUGGAAACUGGAUUUUGAGUCUUUAUGAGGUCUGCCCUUGCCAUUAUAGAGCUCUUGAUUGUUAAAAGUCCCUCCAUGAUGUUUAAAAGAAAGAAUAAGCAGUCUUUUAACUGGCAUGACACAAUAAUUGAGUACAACAUAAAGCAUGUCUGAUUCAUAUAAUAAUUUAAAUGACAUUUUAUCUGAUCUGUCUUUCUUUCCAAGCUGUACUGCUUUGCAGUGACUAAAAUAAGUUAUAUUCAAAGCAAAAAGAUGAGGAAAAGAAAAUCAAACAUAAGUAUACAUUAAAGUUUAGCUGGUUGUACCCUUUUAAGAGUGUAGAAUCUUUGGCAGCAGAUUUUAAAGGGGUAAUGUGAAACUUGUAAAUGUAUGCUUAAACACUUUAGUUGACUGAGAUUUAAUAGAUAAAACAUGGUAUUUUUUGUGUUGCUUUCUGAUCUGGUAUAGCAUGCUAAUCUGGACAGUGAAUUGGGUUAGAUUCUAAUUGUUGUGGGAAACUUAGAAUAAAACCACCUGAAGCUUUUUUAACAGUAAUUCUACAGACCUGAGCAAUAACUCUGUGUUUUGUACAGUGCUUCAUGCAAGAUAGAUCCCUCACAUCAGUAGUAAACUGAAUUACUGCAAAUUAUUCUAUGUAUAUUAUUGUUCUUUUACACUGUUGCAUUGCUGUGAAAUCCAUUCAGCAUUGCUGUAAAAAAAAAAAAAUUAACUUUCACUUGAGGAUCAUACUACUGUUUUCUAGUACCAGCAUCAGUCUCCAGCAUUUGUAGGAGGAAAUUCAGUUUUCCUGUUUCUAUUUAUAAAAUAAUUAAAAAGUCUUUGGGACUUUUAUAUGACAUGCAAAAAUAAGCAAGCUAUGAUAUAGUGUUGUAUUUAUUUGAGGCUUUUAAAUUAAAAUGGAAUUUUUUUUUUUUGGUGAUUCAGUGUUGUGAAAUGGAUGUACAUAACUAAGAAGAUUGAAAAUGAAAAUUUAGGUAUUUCUUAAGCUGUAUAAAGUAUUGUCUGUUGGCCAUGAUUAUAUUGAACGUCUUGAUUCUCUAGGAAAUCAGGGAGUCAUCAGUAAAACAGCAAUAAGCAAUGUAAAAGUCAUAAGCAAUUUUCUUGAAUGAUCAUUUACAAAUCUGCCAACAUUUUUCUGCUUAGAAAGAAGUAAAGUAAAUGUUCGUGAGGGAAAUGGAUAUAAAAAUACUAGUACAAAAGUUUCAGAAUUCCUUAAAGAAGCUAUCAGGUCAUUCUUUCUGAAAAUAAAUUAAUGUUUAGAAGAUAUACUGUAUGAAAUAUUAUGUAAUAUGUUAACAUAUCCUAAUACCGACCUUCAGACAACAAUACUUGACUUAGCAUAUGGAGUUUUAUUUUGCAUAAAAUACUUUUGCUCUGAUCAUUUAUUUUUCAGUUGAGAAGUUUUAUAACAGUUCAUGAAACCAUGUUUGAAAUUCAGUCUUUAAGCUGCUAAUGUUUGAUGUAACAGACUGAAUAUUUAUCAUCCAGACUGAUGCCGAAAGUAAAUUAUAGCAAAACAUUUCCAUUCCAUUAAGUAUAGCCUCCGGGACAGCUUUAAAUACAGCAGGUAGCCCAAAGUACAAACCGAUGUUGUAGAACUGCUCAAGAAGUGUACAUAUUUGACAAUGUUAGGCUGUAAUUAUUCCAAAUUGGAAUUUGUGGUAGGCACUGGAAUUUAAAAUUGUAAAAUAUUGUGUGAGCUUUUAAGUGUUGACUGAUUGAUUUUACGGUUGCUCUGAGUGAUAAAGUUUCAACCCAUAGCUUCUCCUGACUGAUUCCCAAAAUAUACAAGUACAGUUUUAAAUAAAGGAGAGUGCUGAUUUUGUUCCAUACCACAGUCAACAGCUCUCCUGUUCAGUGUGAUUACCACCUACAUGCUUGUUGGCCAUUCUCUUUUGAAUUGUGAGUUCUCAAUCUUCUCAUUCUUACUUAAGAAAGGAGAAGGAGGCAUUUUCUGUCAGAUACUCCAUGUUUGGUUUUGCUGCUUGUGUAAGCUAGAGUUUUAGUAAAUCUGUUCAAUGUUUGGUACUUAAAAGACUUUAUGUUUUUGCAGUUCUUUGUACUUCUCUCCAGGGAAAGUUCCAUAUUACACUUCUGGAUUCCUGAAAAAGUGUCUUGUGGAGCAGGUGAUCAUUUAUGAAAUGGUGGAGAUCUUUUUCAAAUAUGCAUGAAUUGGAUUUACUAGUACUGGAGGCAGUGAUCUCAAAAUGUUGAAGUAAUUUUAGGUGGAAUUUUUAAUGAUGUCCUUUGUAAGUGAAGUUUCAGAAGCAUAGACUUAAGUAUGAUCACAUUCCAGCAUGUGAUUGUAAUUGUCGUUUUUGAGACUAUAUAAUACUGACCCAUGAAAAAUUAACAACAGAGAAACUUGCUGUCUGAAGUAGAAUUUGGGGGUGGAGGUGGUGUGUGUGCAGACACGUCUGUGCAUAUAUAAUAUAAUGCAUGUAAAUUCAAUGGUGAGCUAUAGGAAUGCCUUCCAAAAACCAUAAUUACUACCUAAUGUGUAGACAGUGCUUACAAAUGUUGUUCUUAAUGUGAGGUUUUAAAUGUACUAGCAUAGGACCAAAAGCUAGCAUUUAAUUUUGUGGUAUUCCAAAUAAAUGAUCUUUGAUUUUCUCCUUUUUCAACAGUAAAAUAGGAGCUUGAUACAAAAAGAAUGAGAAUACAAAUUUAGAGCAAGUUAGAUUUACUAAAGAACAAAUACGGCUUCUGUUUUUGUAAAGUCUUUGUGGUAAUGUUUGGAUUGAGAUUGUAAAGUGCCCAUGCUUAUAAAGUAUAAUUCUUGCUUUCUUUUAAAAUGUCCUUUGUUGUGCAGUUUAUGGAAUUGGAGCCUGAGCCAGGAUAUCUGGAUUAGGAAAACCUGGUUUUUGAUGCCAAGUUUCUAAACCACCAGUGCAACCUGAUACUAACAGCAACUGUUCUUCACAAUCACCUCAGAGUACCUCUUUUUAAUGCUGGAAUUUUAACCAAGUUUGUUGGGAAAAAGGAGCAAUACUUUUUUCUUACUGCAUCACCACCUUUCAGUGCACAACUGUAGUAACAGAACUGGAGAAAAUAUGAAUUUGCAUUAGAUAUUUCACUAUCAAUGAGAAAAGAGUAUUAAUGCUGCCAGCAGAGCUUUCUUUGGCUUACAAGAGUAUUGGAACACACUCUGAUCAUAAACAUUGUAAUACCCUAAAUGAUCUCAGAAUAGCAAACUUGUAAAUAAGAGCAUUGAAAACAAACUUGAAAGAGAGAAGAGAAAAACAAAUCACAUUCUACACAGAAUGAGAAGGGGUGCAGAAAUGAUUGCAGAAGAAAAUAGAAGAAAUGCUUAAAAUCCCAUGUGAGAAUGGAGCAGGGCAGUGAUUGGAAUGAGGUUAGAGUUGUUGUCUGAUUUGUUUAGAACCUUGAAAGAGAGGCGAAAAAAAGGCUGAAGAUUACAAGAAGAUAGGAGAGAUGGAGAGGAGCACUAGAAUGACAAGAAAAAAACCAUACUUUUUUUUUAAUGCAGACUGGGAAAAAUGUGAGUUGUAGCACAGGAGAAAGUUUUCCUACUUGAUGAAAUUAUAGUAGAGACUAAGUCUAGCUCUAAAAGGGAAACAAAAACAAAAUACAGGUUGACAGCAUUCUGAAGUUGGAGAGGAGCAGAUCCUCUCAUCUUUGGAAUCUGUGCUUAUUAAAUGUGUCAUAUUUAUCAAAUAAUUAAAAUUGACUUGAUGUGGCCCUUUUGGAAAACCUGGGAGCUUGUGUAAGUAACUGCAUGGUAUCUGCAGAGAACUGCAGAAAUCCAUGUUUGCUUUAAAAUGCUGUCUGCUGAUUUCGUGCUUUCCUUCCUGUUGUGAUUGCCUCCCCAUUUUCAGCGUCUGUAUUUAAUCUGUGGUGCUCUCAUAGCUAGAGGGGAGGUUGCUUAACUUGAAUACAAUGCUAAGUAUGAGUGAUAGUGCACAUGUUUAGACAUUCUCGGAUAAUUUGCAAAGAUUAUCUGGUCUGGGUUUUAGUCGGUAGGUGAUAUAAUGAAAAAGGAAGUGAUUGUACUCUCCUUCUGAGGUUCAGAGGCUCUUUGACAGCAGUAUGACUACAAUAUCUAAAGAAGGGUAUAUGGAAAUUAACUACUCAGGGCCAUAUUCCAAGUCAGAGCCCAACAAACUAAUCUCUAGGAGUUUGUAGAUCUCCAGCUAAGCAGUUGGUGCAAUUGUCAACUUUUCUUUGUCUCAGUUAACCCAUUUGUAAAGUGGGCUUCUUUAGAUUUAACACUUCUUUAUAUAGUCAGGAUUUUUGUAGUUCUGAAAAAUAACAACUGGAGAAGGGCUGAUUAUUAUAACAAGUUCCCAAAAUAAAUAGAGUUUUUAGGAGAGGCAGAGUAGGUAUUAAUUUGUAGUGAGAAGAUUUAUCAUGAAAAUGGAAGAAAUGGAAAAAAAACCUUGAUAAUAUAAUUUGAGGGACAGUGGGCAGGAAUGAGAUCUGAGAUAUGGAAACAAUAUAGUUGGAAGUGACAGGCAACUAUUUAUAUAGAGUAGUAUCUAGUUCAAAUGUUAAAAUGUUGGAUUCAUCAGAAAUCCAACAUAACCCCCAUUCUACAAUACUCAAAUAAGUAUUAGUGCCAUAAUAAGAUCUUUGAAUGGAAUGAAGCAAUUGUAUUUAAAAAAAAAAAAGAAACCUGUGAUCAACUUCAGACCUGUUAGUUUAACCACAAGGCUAAGAAAAAGCUUACUUCAGAUUGUGAACAGAAGUCUUGAAAGUUCAAACAUGAGUAUGAUAGUAUAUAGUAUGUUUCUUCUUGCCCUUUUGUUCUACCUCUCAUCCCAGGUGGUUUGGAACAGUCACUUUUUAGAAAAUUAAUGUGAUUUAGUUUAUUCAAAUUAAAGUAAUGCUUGACAUAAGGCUCUAAAAAUACUUAGGUUGAAAUAGAUGAACAUAAGAAUUGAAAGAUGGAUUUAAGCUGGUGGGAAAAGAGAUUGCAGUAAAUUAUAAAUUAUUUUCGGAAUGGAAAUGGAGAGAGAUCAGCCUAAGGACACGUCCUGUUUAAUGUAUCAGUGACGUGGGUUGAGGUCACCAUCUAAGUCACAUGUAAUUUGUGGAUGAGAUGAAGUUGGGAAGUAUUGCAAGACGUGCAGGGAACUGGAGAAAAUUCUAUGACUUUGACUGAAGGACUAGAACGGAGUAAAACUGAAAACAAAAUACAAAGUCAUUCACUUUGGUUUUAACAAGAGAGUAUUUUUUAAAUAAAAAUUAGGAUACUGUAAGCUGAAGCAAUUCUGAUCAGCUUUACCUAGUACAGCAGAGUAAUGAGAACGUAGGGUGCGUUGGAUGAGAAUGUAUAAGUACAGAGAGUAAGUACACUGUCACUUAACAGUCUUGGGUUUGAUUCUGAUCAUUGUUGAUGAAAGUUAUUUACCAGUACCAGAUGCAAAGAAGGGCUACUGAGAUGAUGAAAAUCUUAUUUAUCGAAAAAAACCCCAAAACUAUAGUUACAGAAUGGCUUUCUUAUGGCAUUAGGGACAAAGCAUUAAUUUAUUUUAAGACAGCUUGAUAAAUUAAGGAUUUGAUUGUAGUGAUUCUAAUGUUAAAAUUCCCAUUUGUCAAGUUGAUGAGCUUUGGGAAGAUUUUUCUGGCUUCUGCUCGACCUUGAGUAAUUGUCCAUCACCCAAAAUACCUGGAAAUGUAACUAUUAGAAAAGGUAUUGCAACACUUGAGACACUGUGAUAACCCUAUCUCUCCCAGUGUUUUCCAGUGAUAGACAGUUUCAUCUUUAUUAAGCCUAAUGUUUGCUAUGAAACAUUGUAAGCAUUUUGUGGAUAAAGUGUGGGGUAGAAUGAAGAGAUAUUUCUAGUUUGUAUUAAUUCAAUACCUAAUGUAUGUUUGCUUGUGAUUGUGAAAGAAUAUCCACAGUUUGCAUGUUUCUCAAUGCAGACACCUUUUAAAUUUGCAAUAUGAAAAGUUUCUCAAAAGUUGAGAUGUAUAGCAUCAAAAUAUGGCACUGCUCAAAAUAGAGGCUGUAUCUUUUGGUGUGAAUACAGCUUUGUGGGAACAAACCCAUACUGAAAUCUCUGUAAGCUGUUGCAACAAACAGCAAAUAUUUCUUCUGUGCUGAAGUUAAUCAAGUGUAUCAGCACAGUCUUGGGAAAAAUACUUUAUUCAGUGUAGAUAUUAAAUCUCUAUUUGUAAAUCAGGCAUGCAGGUACUCAUAACUGCUGCACUUAAGCUCAGCAGCCAUUUGAUAAUAGUAACCACACACAUCUGGCCUUUAUCUUACACUUAUUUGCCUGAGUAACUUCACUCAUGUGAAUGGUCCUAUUGCGACAAUAAGAGUACUCAUAUACAUAAGUGUUUGCUGUGUUCAGGUAGAAAGCUUCGUUUGUUGAGUAAAAUACAUCUGAAACAGUGAUAAUGGCAUUAAUGGAUCCAGGUGUGGUAUGCUGGUAGUUCUCCAGACUAGAAGUUCUAACCUCAGAAUCUUUAUUACUGGCAUAUUUUUUAAGCCGUUUUUCUGAAACUUUUUGUCUGUUAAGAUUUAGAUUUAAAGUACUUUCUUGAGAUUUUGACAAGCAACUGGCAGAAGUACUUUGCAAAGAUAGUGCGUUGAAUCAACCUAUAUCUUGGUAGGUUCCUCCAUCAUCACUCCAAAGGUCUCGGUGACUUUUGGUGUCACUCAUUGGCUAAGUUCAGCGUACCUGCCAUUAUACUCAAAUAUCUAGGAACUCUGACAAAAAGUACAAAAGACUGCAGAAGAGGGUUGAUUUGUUCAUGUGACCAAACACAGUAGCCACCUUGUCUACUGCAGCCUUUAAAACCAGUAAAGAAACAAGAACUGAGUGGCUUUGUGGUGGAACUGUCAAGCACUUCAUAACAUUUGAAGACUCACUAAAUAAUUUCUUCUGGGAUUUGGCACAGAGGUGGUGUCAUGCCAGUCCUUGGGCCUCCCAGGAGGAUGCCAGAGGACAUGGAUUAAUAUCUGUUGUGUGUGUCUUGAUUCCUGAAGAAAAUUUAUCCUGCAGUGAGAAAUGUUUAGAAUCUGCAUCAUGAACUGGUCAUUUUGAUAAGGAUAGCUGCUUUAUACUUUGUGUCACUAGGGUACCUCUUUCCACUCUAAAAAAUAGUAAAUCUGAUCUUUUUGUGGAAUGCAAUUAAAAUUGUUAAUUCUCUCUGUGUUACGACUUAGACCUAAUGUCAUUUUAGAUGCCAUUUAUCUCCAGUGUUUGACAGCUGAUAACCUCAAACAUGCUUUAAAAUUAUGAAACAGUUUUUCUUUGCUACAUUUGAACUCUCAUUCUUUUUUUUCUCUUCUAGAACUCAUCCUAUGAGACUCCCAUUCCCUUGUAAGACUUACCAAUAGAAUCAGAAUUUCUGUUUAUAGAAAUUCAUCCAGGUUGUCUUCUUGGCUUUGUCUGUAAGCAAUUGGCAGUUUUGUUGCAGAGGUCCUCUCAGUAGACUGUGAUGAGGUGAUAUGGGAGGAGAUAGAACCAGGGAUGACAGUGGGGCAGAUGCUGCUGGAAAUGUACCACUGAAAAGGAGUGGAAGAGAUCACUGAAAGCAGAAGUUCACUAGUUAACACUGCUAUAUCUGUAGGUAAUACAUCUUAGAGGGAAUUAGUUAUAGGUAACUAAUCUCUCAUAAAUUUUUAAGACACCUUUUCAUCGCUAAAAUGAUCAUAGUAUAUAUUGUUCAUGAAAAAUGCAAUGUAAAUUACAAAGUUAUGUACAUAAAAAAUAGAAAAUAAUAGAAAAUUUAGGGUGACUGUUCAUAUUUAUCCUUUUUUCCAGCUUAUGCUCUGGGCAGCGCCCAGUAAAAGGACUUUAUUUGGAAAGCACAUUUCGCACAAAAAUUUCCACAGAGAGGUGGAUGGAAGAAAGGAAAAACGAACCCAGAUUCUAAAAUAAAACAAAUGUUCAAAAUUUAACUGCCUACGUCUUUAUUGCUAUGAGUGUUUGGGGAGAAGUGUGCUUAUUUCAAUACUGUGAGGUUCUGUUUUUAUUCUGUGUGGGCAUCAUUCUUGUUAGUAUAAAAGAAAUUACAGUUUCUAAUGCAAUUAAUACUUGUUUCUGGCAAGAUAUAAUUGAAGCCAAGAUUUUAUAUUUUUGAAGUCUCACAGUAGUAAAAUGUAAGAGAGGCUAGAAGUGGGAAAGGAAACUACCCCAACAAAAUUCACUCAUCCUUCAAGUAUUUUUCUUAAUGGAUUACACCAUUGAUUCAUUUGAUUGUCCAGAAUGAGAGAUUUGCAGAGACCUUUUUUAUUCAGAGUUUUUACUAUGUUAAAAACUACUCUUGUACUUUGUAUUGUAUUUUAGACCAGGCAGAGGCAAAUUAAAAAGUUUGGGAAGUGUUUGCUGAUUUGCAUUUUGCCUCAUAAACAUUUAAACAUAGCAUAUCCAUUUCUAUCUGAUAUAUCUUUAAAUGCUAGAUUUGCCACUGAAUGCAGAUUCAUAACCUCUAUUACAGCAUUCACAAACAAGCCAGUGUGCUACAUGAUUACCCUGGAAUUUUUUGCAAGCAUUCAGCUGUUGAAUGCAAAUAAAUACUUCGUCAUUGAUUCCCGUUCUUGGCACCACAAAUUCAAAUUAGUGUUAUCAAAAUAGGCAGGGAGAGAAGAAAAUUACCUGGUGCAGUUCUACGUGAAGAGAAAGAUAAUAAAAUUCAGUAUAUGAACAUUGAUCUCUGGCUUAGUAAUGCCUGGUUCUCUAAUAUCUAAUUUAGUGUCAAGAGGUCAGAUUUUCUGCUUUUGGGAGGAGGUAUCUAGAGCCAUAGAGAUCUUUGACUUAAAUGAUGAAAUUAGUCCUUCCACGGGGACAUAAUUGCACCUUUCAUUAAGUAUGUGGAAUUCUCUGCAGAAAAGAUUAUGCAAUAUGAUUAUUUAUGUGGAAUAAAAAUUAUUCUUUUUAUUCUGUUUA